CUCUGGGCCGGCUCUCGGUGGUGCGGGAGCAGGCGGGAGCAGCGGCCGCUCUGGUGGGCGGACGUGCUGUCCGGCAGUCCCGGAAGCGAAGCAGCGAUGGCGGAGAGUCCGACUGAAGAGGCGGCGACGGCAGGCGCCGGGGCGGCGGGCCCCGGGGCAAGCGGCGUUGCUGGUGUUGUUGGCGUUAGCGGCAGCGGCGGCGGGUUCGGGCCGCCUUUCCUGCCGGAUGUGUGGGCGGCGGCAGCGGCGGCGGCGGGCGGGGCCGGGGGGCCGGGGAGCGGCCUGGCUCCGCUGCCCGGGCUCCCGCCCUCGGCUGCUGCCCACGGGGCAGCGCUGCUUAGCCACUGGGACCCCACGCUCAGCUCCGACUGGGACGGCGAGCGCACCGCGCCGCAAUGUCUACUCCGGAUCAAGCGGGAUAUCAUGUCCAUUUAUAAGGAGCCUCCUCCAGGAAUGUUCGUUGUACCUGAUACUGUUGACAUGACUAAGAUUCAUGCAUUGAUCACAGGCCCAUUUGACACUCCUUAUGAAGGGGGUUUCUUCCUGUUCGUGUUUCGGUGUCCGCCCGACUAUCCCAUCCACCCACCUCGGGUCAAACUGAUGACAACAGGCAAUAACACAGUGAGGUUUAACCCCAACUUCUACCGCAAUGGGAAGGUCUGCUUGAGUAUUCUAGGUACGUGGACUGGCCCUGCAUGGAGCCCAGCCCAGAGCAUCUCCUCCGUGCUCAUCUCCAUCCAGUCCCUGAUGACUGAGAACCCCUAUCACAAUGAGCCUGGCUUCGAACAGGAGAGACAUCCAGGAGAUAGCAAAAACUACAAUGAAUGUAUCCGGCACGAGACCAUCAGAGUCGCAGUCUGUGAUAUGAUGGAAGGAAAGUGUCCCUGCCCUGAACCCCUACGAGGGGUGAUGGAGAAGUCCUUCCUGGAGUAUUAUGACUUCUAUGAGGUGGCCUGCAAAGAUCGCCUGCACCUUCAAGGCCAGACUAUGCAGGACCCUUUUGGAGAGAAGCGGGGCCACUUUGACUACCAGUCCCUCUUGAUGCGUCUGGGACUGAUUCGUCAGAAAGUGCUGGAGAGGCUCCAUAAUGAGAACGCCGAAAUGGACUCUGAUAGCAGUUCAUCUGGGACAGAGACAGACCUGCAUGGGAGCCUGCGGGUUUAGACCCUGCUCCCCUCUCCCCUGCCCCCACUCAAGAGUCCCAGCAGAGUCCCUUCCCCCACCCCAGGGACGGAGAGGCACUUUGUAUCUCCCUCCAAAAGUGACGUCAUCCCACAAGAUGGCAAGAACAAGCAAGCUCGGAUCCCAGGGUGUGGGAGUGGGGGCUGUUCCUCAUCUGACCUUCUUGGCACUGGAGCAUCUGGGGCUAUGUUCAUCCCAUAUCAGGGGCCAAGGUACCUUUACAGGAGCGCCUAGGGUGAGAGCCUCUGGCAAAAACAGAACAACCAACACACCUCUCCACAGGGCCAGCUCCUUAGGAACAGGUGGAAGACAGAAAUUGCAAUUCUAAGAGGGAGUGUGCCCAAGUGAUUUAUGGGUACAUCUGGAAGGGAGCGUGGGGUGGGGCGCUGUCUAUGACACUUAAGCAGUCUGGGUGGUUGUUUGUCUGUCUGUCUUCAGUCUUGAAGCAGGGCUUCCCAAUGCCGUUUUCCUCCCUGCCUCCCCUCCCCCAUUAUUUCCCAUGGGCCAGCAUAAUUUUCUUUUUCCUAAUUUAUAGUCACUGUUCUAGACAGACCAAAGAGAAGGAACAGUGGUGGAGUCUAGGCUGCUGAUGAGUAAGCUUUACCUAGCACCUGAGCACCUUUCUCCCCUGUCCCCCAUUCCCUCACCUUUUUCUAGAUUUAAGACAGAAGGUUAAUGUGACUGGGACUGAAGCAAGGUCUUGGUAAAGCCUGCACAGGCACCAUAAGAAGUUGAAAAUACUGUUUGUUCCCGCAAUCACCGAUUUGAAAAGUCUCAACACAGGCAGCUGCUCUGUGUGGGAUUAGAGCCACUACAUGUAAUAGUCUCUUAUAGAUUUUCAUAAAUGCUAGUCACAGUGAGGAUAUUUCUCUUGGGGGUGGGGUACUGGGGGGAGACUGAUGCUAGUCCUAAUUGUAUUUUGUUUGGCUGUCCUUGUGUAUUUUCACCCCAGCCUGUAGCCCCCCUCCUCAUUUCAAACCCCAGGGAUUUGUGGGGAGCAAGGGUAGCCAAUGGCAGAAGGGGAUUGGGGCUGGGACUCUGGAGACUCCUCCCCUUCUUUCCACUCCCCCUCCCUUCUAGCUGCUCUUUGUCACUGGCUCUGAUGGGUGUUCUGCCUGGCUGUGUUGCUUCUCUAUCUGUAUUUAGCUGCAGUGAUCCUUUGGCUGGUUGGCUCAGAAGAAUGUGCUUUCGGUGCCCCGUAAUACUGGGCAUCAAGGGAAUCCAUCCUUCCCCUUUUUGAUGUGUUCUCCCUGUACUUCAGAUUGUUACUAUGGGGUACUGGUGAUCCAUGUGACGCAGGGCCUCAGUCAGUAUCCAGUCACAGGUAAGGCAGAGGAUAAUGUACACCUGCCCUGCCCGCUGCUAUGAAGGUCUCUGCCUUGUGGAUCAUGGAACUUCUAGGGGGAACUGAGGUGGGGGGAGGGUGGGCACAAAGGAGAAUGUUCUACUUGGGAGGGCAGGAGGCAAAGAAACUGGACAGGGAGUGGGUGGGCUUGGGGAAUGGAAGUUUAUCUUGGAUACCUGAAGGCUGGGUCUCUUCACAUAGACUCAAAAAGGGACCCUGCUUCCAAAUUUCCCUCUUCCAUUCCCAGAGCUAGUCCAGGGCUUAGAAGAAUGCCCUUGGUCUGUGGGUCCAGUGUUGUCUGUCAUCCAUUUAAGUGUUUCCACUUUCCAGUGACAAUCCUCUCCUUGGCCCUGCCACGGGGCAGAGCAUGUCUGGCAUAGCAGCCUGACUUUUACGCCCUAAUCUUGAGUUGAGGAAAUAUAUGCACAGGAGUCAAAGAGAUGUCUUUAUAUCUGACUGUACAUAAAUGAAUUUUUUUUUUCUUUUUGGUGCAAUAAAGUUUGUUUUGGCAGAAGGAGGAAGCGCCUAUGGGUGUGGGAGGGUUUCUGUAAGGGAAGAAUGGGAUCAUCUCCAGAACCACACCUCACCUAGGCUUGCGGUUGUCAGGGAGAAGCAAAGUGCUCAAUGAAUUGUCUGGAAGUUGAAAAGUUACAUGGGAUGGUGGGGGCAGGGAGCUAUUGGUGACAUGUUUUUUACUGAUUAGAAAUGGAGUAGUCCUUUUUUUGAAGCUGUGGCUCUGGCCAUCAGUGAGGGGAACGCUGUCUCGGCCUCAGUGGCAUCCAAAGAAACACCUCUGAAGCUUUGGGGAGUUAGCAUGUCCUACAAGGACAGGCAGAGGUAAAGUUGGACCCAGACAGUAUCUCUCCUGCUAAGGGAAUGGUUCUCAGUAUGGAGAAGCGAUUGGAUUUUCAGUUUUUUUGUACUAAACCAGCGCUGCUUAGGAAUUUAACAUUUAGACCAUGAAGAUUACGUGAGCCUUAAACUCCUCUGGCCUCUUACCUCAUCACCACCUCUCCUAUUUGUUAUAGGAGAUUCUUGUUUUCUGGCACAGAGGUUUUUCAUCUUGGCUGACCAUGUGUAGAAGGAACUGUCUACACACAGUCUGUCCUGCCAGCCUGUACUGUGCAAAGCAGUGAUGUGGGAAAGCCUGAGCUCUGAGCUUAAUAGACCUGGGCUCUAGCUUUGGCUCUUCUUAAGCUGGUGGCCCCUGAUAAAUUACUUUGAUCCAUCAUCUGUGAAGUUAAGGAUACCUACUUAACCUUUAAGGUUGUGAGGAUUAAAUGACGUGUAUGUAAAACAGCACAGGGUAGGUGUUCAGUAAAUGAUUCCCUUUCUCACCACUGAGGGUAGAGGGGACUGGUGGUCAGUAUAGGAGGGAAAGCCAGUAGGGAACUUGAAAAACAAAACACACUGUUCUCUAUUGUUUGAUUCCCCUCAAAUUCCACUGUUAUCUUUCCUCCAGUUUAGCCACCAUUUAACACUGACUUUAUUUCACACUCACAGCUGAGUCUGUCAUAAUCUGGAGCCUCUGCAGAGGAAGACUGAAAGAGUGAAUAUUAUUUACUGGUCCAUUAGGGUCUGCUAGUUUGAGAUAAGGAAUAUUUUAUAAGGAAGAAGUUUGAAUUAGCAGAGGCUGUAAUUUACAUCUCACAGCUACAAAAAGACUAGACCAUCUAGCCGGGAGACAGACAGUCUGCAUUCUAGGCCCAGCUGUUCCAAGAACUUGUAGAUGACCUGUGCAAGUCAUAUGUGCUUGCUGUUAUCUGUUACUCAGGUUAUCCUUACUGGAUAAAUGAGGUUUUCUCCAAUAAUGAUGCAAUGUGAAGGCACUUUUAAAAAUAAAAUAUUGGGGGAAUAAAGAAAAA